UUUGUUAUUGUAUAGCAUGUGUUUUGAAAAUUUGCAAACUAUCGAAAUUAAAUUGUUUAUAGUUUAUAAAAUUCAUUUAAAAUGACUAAAAAGAAAUACAAUUGGAAAGCCAGACAGGUUCUUACGACUGUUGUGGAUGAUUCUUCAACAAAACAGAUAAAAGUAGAUCUAGAGCUCAAGGGCAAUUAUGACCAAAGUAAUUUAUUGGUAUUACCAUCUGAAAAGAGAAAGACCAAAACCAAGGAUGACAAAACUAAAACUGUAAGAAUUUUGUCGAAGAAGCAUAGGAAGCAGCUGGAAAAAAUUGUGGAAAGAAAGAAGAAAAAGGAAAAUAGGACAAGUUUACUCGAAUCCUUACAAAAAGUCCAAGCCUCCACUGAAGAACUUUCCCAGCUAACCUCUAUAGCCUCAGUUCAAACCAAAGGCUUAAAGAGAUAUUUUCAAGAAGAAUCAAAUCCUGAAAAAGUGAAAAUUAAGAAAGAUUUACCUAGUGUAGAGAAAAAAAUAAAUGCAAUUAAAGGAGCAAAGAGAAGGAAAUUAUUACAGGGUACUAGUGUGCCUGAUAAAAAGGUUAGAAGUAAUGAUCCUAAUAUAGUUGGUUUUGAGAGUGAUGUAAGUGAUGAGGAUACUAGUGAGGAAGAGCAAGAGGAAGAUGUUCAGAAUGCUGACGUUCAGUUAAAUGCUGAGCCACCACAGGAAGAAGUACCAGAGGAAGAGAAUAAAGAGCAAAAAGAGGUAAUUUUAAAUGAAGAAAAACCUGAGAUAAUUGAAAUUAAAGAUGAAGUGGUUAAACUUGAAAAAAGACCGGCAGUUUAUGUGGAUGUUAUUAGAAAUGAAGAAAUACAAGCGGCCAGAAUGAAACUGCCUAUUUUAGCAGAGGAACAACAAAUCAUGGAAGUCAUUAAUGAAAAUUCCAUUAUUAUCAUUGCCGGUGAAACUGGUAGUGGUAAGACAACACAAGUACCGCAGUUCCUGUAUGAAGCAGGGUAUGCUCUUAAACAGCAAAUUGGUGUCACCGAACCCAGGAGGGUGGCCGCCAUAUCGAUGUCCAAAAGAGUCGCAGAAGAAAUGAAUUUAAGUACAAGAGAGGUGUCAUAUCUAAUAAGAUUUGAAGGGAACGUGACGGAAGAUACUAAAAUUAAAUUUAUGACUGAUGGGGUGCUAAUGAAAGAGAUGCAAAGUGACUUUUUGCUUACCAAAUAUUCUGUUAUUAUUUUAGAUGAGGCACAUGAAAGGUCAGUUUACACAGACCUACUAAUAGGCUUCCUUUCCCGAAUAGUACCUUUAAGACACAAAAAGGGUAAUCCACUGAAACUGAUUAUAAUGUCGGCCACAUUACGACUGGCGGAUUUUACAGAAAACAAGCGACUAUUUAAAAUAACGCCUCCAGUUUUAAAAGUGGAUGCCAGACAGUUUCCUGUGACGGUCCAUUUUAACAAACGUACAAACGAGAACUAUUUGAAAGAGGCAUACAGUAAAGCCGUUAAAAUCCACACAAAACUUCCAGAAGGUGGAAUUUUAAUUUUCGUAACUGGCCAACAAGAAGUAAACUACUUGGUAAAAAAAUUAAGAAAAGCAUUUCCGCUAAAGCACAAAGAUAAAAUGCUGGAAAAGGAGCGUGAUAUGAAAACCGACGGUGCCAACGAAAGUGGUGCGGAAAGUGACGCAUCUUUCGAUGAAAGAGCGAAAAAAAUGACGCGACGCAAAAAAAGCAAGCUGAUAAUCGUACCGGAAAUUAAUUUGGACGAUUAUAGCCUUCCUAACGAUACGGAAACAACCUCGGAUCAAGAGGAGGAAGAUGAUCUGUCAGAAGACGAACUGGAAGAUGUCACAACUUUCCAAUAUGCCCAACCCCUGUGGACUUUACCGUUAUAUUCCAUGUUGCCAUCGCAUAAACAACAAAAAGUAUUCCAACCACAACCAAAUGGAUGUAGGUUAUGCAUAGUCAGUACAAAUGUCGCAGAAACAUCACUUACGAUACCCAAUGUUAAAUAUGUGGUGGACAGUGGCAAAACAAAGGUAAAACUUUAUGAUAAAGUGACCGGCUUGACUAGUCACAUGGUACAUUGGACUAGUAAAGCGUCAGCAGAUCAAAGGGCUGGAAGAGCAGGGCGUACUGGACCAGGACACUGCUAUAGAUUAUAUUCCAGUGCAGUUUUCAACGACGUCUUCCAAGAAUUCAGCGUCCCAGAGAUUCAACAAAAGCCCGUAGACGACCUCUAUUUACAAAUGAAAUGUAUGAGCAUCGGCAAAAUCGUGAAUUUUCCAUUUCCUACUGCCCCCGACUUAUUACAAUUAAAAACGGCCGAGCAACGACUUGAAGUUUUAGGAGCACUAAAUAAAGGCCAAGUUACAUCAUUAGGGCAGGCCAUAUCCAAAUUUCCAGUGUUGCCUCGUUACGGUAAAAUGUUGGCCUUGAGCCAUCAGUACGACCUUUUACCUUAUACGAUUUGCUUGGUAGCUGCUCUUAGCGUACAAGAAGUACUACUCGAGACUCCUAUUUUGGCUGCAUCGGCCGAAGACCAAAAAGCCGUGAGGCAAAAAUGGGCGUUACUUAGACGACAGUGGGCCGGCACCGGUAAUUCACUCCUUCUGGGUGACAAUAGUGUUUUACUAAAAGCAGUAGGCGCGGCCGAAUAUGCUAAUAGUCAGGGUAAACUGCAAGAAUUUUGUGAUCAAAACGGACUUAGGCACAAGGCUGUGAUAGAAAUUAGAAAACUAAGGCUCCAAUUAAGUUCCGAAAUAAAGAAAAACAUACCCGAGGUGGACGUUGUCGUCGACCCAAAAAUGAAACCGCCAACGGAUCUUCAAUGUAAACUUUUACGACAAGUAUUAUUAUCGGGAAUGGGUGAUCAGCUGGCGCGAAAAGUGGCCCUGCACGAGGUUAAAGAGGGCGAAGAUAAGGCAAAAUUCAAAUACGCCUACAGGGCGAACAACAUGGAGGAACCGGUGUUUUUACAUCACAGUUCGGUACUCAAACAGACUUUACCCGAAUUUGUUGUUUAUCAAGAAAUUUAUGAAACCAACAAGAUUUACAUGCGAGGGGUGACAGCAAUUGAUCCUGAAUGGCUACCAGUAUACGUGCCAAGUCUUUGCAACUUAUCGGAACCCCUGUCUGAACCGCCCCCUUAUUAUAAUGAUGAAACAGGUAACGUUUACUGUACAAUGCAAGGAACAAUAGGCACCCAGGCUUGGUCUUUGCCUCCUAUAAAAAUGCCUUAUCCAGAGGGGCUAGACAAUAUCAAAUGGUUUGCCAAGUUCUUCCUGGAGGGAAAACCCUUUAAGAAACUAGAAAAAUACUCCAAUAUUUUACUGAGCCGACCUAAUGUCAUGGUGAAGAGCUGGGCAAGAUUACAACCAAGAACUGAGGCCUUAUUGAAAGCUUUAUUAAAACAUCGGAUUAACAGCAAAGAAUCGUUGCAAGUUAUAUGGAAAACUGAACCUAAAUAUUUAUUACAAGAAUAUUUAAAUUGGUUGCCGCAGUCUGCCCAUACCGAAGUGUCCCUACUUUGGCCCCCGUGUUAAGCAAACAAAAUCUUAACAUUCUUUGUAAAUUUGUACAAACUUAAUUUUAAAUAAAUGAUAUUAAUUAGA